GGCUCACACCUGCUCUCAGGGCACCUGGACACCAGCUGUGUGGACCAAGAAAGGACCUCUGGCCUGAUGGUAGGGCCUGAGGAUGGCAGGCCUGGAGAUGUAGCUCCUCAGACCAUGGCCACGGACCUCCACACUUACCACAAGGGCUUGCAUCUGCCUCUCCUGAGCAGCCGCCUAGCACAAAGUCCUCACCAGCAGGAUGUCCCUGAUCUUGAGAGACCAUUUAAAAGAGCCCAAAGAAAGAAACACAGGGACAGUCGUGCCCAGGUGGAGGACGUGGAGAAGGCAGCGCAGCAGAUCUUGCCGGAACAGCCACAGCCCGGAGCCCCGCCAGCGUUCCCGCCCAAGGCCUCAGCUCGGUACCCUUCAAGGUCCAACACCUACCUGAUUAUAGGGCUGCAGGAUGAGCUGACCAGACGUGGAAUCCUGAAGAACUCGAGUGACUAUGAGGACUUCUGGAAGCUGGUUCAGGAGGAAGCUCUUGGAGUGGACAUGAAAGAAAAGCUUCAGAAGAUAAAAUUUAAGUUGAUGAACCUCAGGCCCUGGCCACCAGCUGCUUCUAGGAGAAAAGAAACUGGGAUGCUGGUCAGCGCUGAUUCGGACAGUGGGGCGUGCCAGGGGGCACAGAGCCUUCUCUCUCGACUUACGGAAUGGAGGAAAAGGUGCCAGCUGCGUGAAUCGGCCCCGAGAUUGCCCCAAGGACAGGGGGAGAGCAAGAUUACGGGUAAGAUGAAGACGGAUUCCCGGGGCAAAAUAUAUCUUAGCUGUUUGUACCAGAUGUAUUCCACCUCCCUUGCUAACAUGGAAUUCUCCAGAAGACUGCUGGAGAGAGACGGCCGCUUUGCAGACGUGCACGCCGAGCACAGGGCUGGAAGCCUGCUGGAUUUCAUGGUCCCAAGUAGGUACACGCAGGCAGACGCUCCACCCAAAGAGACAGGGAUGGGGGACCCCCUGGUCCCCGGCCAGGAACUUCAAGCACCAGCUGCUGUCCGAUUUCUCACGUGCCGGAGCCCAGGAGUUCCACAGAGAAGUUCCCGCUUGAAGACAGGAAGACACCAAGUGACCCUGUGUGGCACGAGCAAGCUUUCAGAUCACGUGAGGGGCACUGCUCCUGCCGGGAUGCCCACAGACCCCAGGCUUACAGCACCCCUGACCCUGGAACACGUGAUCCAGACCCAUCCUGUGCUGGAGGCCAAGACAGCAUGUCGAUACUGGGUGAACUAUGUGGAUGAAGAAUAAGAUUUUUAUACGGUUACUAGAUGAAAAAAUCCAAACAGGAAAUGACAGCUUUCUUUUCCUUUGGUUCAACAUUAUGAUAAGCAGUGAGGUUGACAUCCAGUAAAGAUGGGCACACCUGAUAUGAGA